CCUCAUCUAAACAAAUAGAGAGGAAAAUGGAACCAGAAUUAAGUCGACUGUCGACUAUUAUGCAGCAGGACAGACGCCGACUGUCGCUGAUGUCUGAGCAGGCAGCGCGACAGUCGGUUAUUUUCCAGCAGCCCCGGGGGUCUGUCGCGUCCCGGGGGGUAUCUCCCUCCUCGGACUCGUUUACCGAGAUGCAGAGGAGAAGGAUGUCUGUCAAGUCCCUCAGAAGGAAGUCUAUUAACCCCCGCCUGGAUCCGCCACCCGGUUUGGAGGGACUUAAUGAUAAAGGCUUCAUUUAUGUUAGACAACAGAUGGAGUCCGACUUGAGAGGAGGCUGUGGGGCAACAAAUACUUACAAGAUCUGGAACGAAAGAGAGGAGGAAUUAUUCUACGUACUGGAAGAUGCCAGUUGUAUUUGUCGCUGGUUUUGUGGUCCACAUCGCCAGUUUCGACUGGAUUUCUUCACACCUCAGGACGACCUCGUUUUCACACUGUACCGGAAGUCCUGCCGCUGUGACUGGUGCUGCUGCCUGGACUGUGUUUUGUGUAAUCACAAAGUUUAUGUCGUAGACUGCCUGAACAGGACACUGGGAUCUAUUAAACAGAAAUUUGGGGUUUGUCAGGGGAAUUUUGAAGUUAUGGACAAUGAUGGCGAAACCAUCGCCAAAAUUUUUGGACCUUGUUGUAUCUUCCGAUGCUGCACUGAAAUUUCAUUUGAGAUUUGGGAUAAAAUAGGAGAAGAGAAACUAGGAUCUAUAAACAAGAAAUGGGAAGGCGAGCAGGAAGAUGGAAUCAACGUGGACCACGAGUACUUUGAUAUCAAUUUUCCCGAGAAGAUGAAUUCAAUAGAGAAAAUGUUAAUUAUUGGCGGCGCAUUUCUUAUCGAUUACAUGUACUUUGAGAUGUCAUAAGAGGUUGUCUGCACAGUGUUGUCAAAGAAGCAAACACAGAAAUUAUAGUAUUUCUUAUUUAUUUUAAAGUUUAUUUAGUGUGUAAAGAGAGAAAGAAAAAAAGUACAUGUACGCUUUUUAAAUUAGUUAUAAUAGAUAAUUUAAGUGUUUUAAUUCGAAAGUUGAAUUUAUAACAGGUGAAAAUUGAUUGUUGCAUAACAGAAUUAAAAGUAAUUUUUCUAUAGCUUGUACUUUUGUAUCAGUCUUUUAAUAUUUUACUUUAUUUUAU